CAACAGCAACGCGUCGACCGAUGACGAGCUCGACAAGUUCGGAUACAUCGUCGACUGGGCGACGGCGGACGUGAUCCUGCAGUCCUCCGAUGGCGUGCAGUUCCCAAUGUCGUGCCACGCGCUCUCCGCCGCCUCGCCCUUCUUCCAGAGCAUGUUCGACCUCCCGCAAUCGCCCGACACGCACACCCACCGCGGCGAGUUCAUCUACCACGACCUGCCCGCCGUGCCCAUGUCCGAGCGCGCGGACGUGCUCGGCCCGGUACUCCGGUGCUGCCACGCCCGCGAGGACGCGGGCGUCUCGAGCACGGGCCUGCUCGCGUCCAUGCUCGAGGUCGCGGACAAGUACGACAUGCUCGGCGCGGUCCUCGGCGCGAUCGAGCGCAGCGCGCAGGGCGGUAGCGUCCGCCGCCUCGUCGAGCGCGAUCCGGCGACGAUCUACGCGUUGGCGUACCACCACCACCUGCCGGACCUCGCGCGGGCCUCGGUGCGCAGCCUGCUCCGCCUGGACGUCGGCACCAUCGACGCGAGCAAGGACGAGCCGCUGGUGCAGGGAUACCUGACCCCGCACGCGCGGAAAUGCCUGAAGGAGUAUCACCGGGCGUGCUCGCGAGCGGUGGGACACGUGCUGCGGUACCCGGUGUGGGCGCCCUGCGAGCGCGAGUCGCGGCUCUGGCUGGACGAACCCGAUCGUUACGUCUGGUGGACGUGCGCGAGCUGCCCGGUGACAGGGGACGCGUCGUGGAGCCGGUUCAGGAAGCGCGAGCCCCGGGCGUGGUUCACGCAGUACCUCGCGGAUAUGUCGGUCACGCUCGAGGAGAGGCCGCUGGAUAUCGGCGACAACGCGGCGUUUAGGAGUGCGGUGCGGGCGGCGAGCAAGUGCGGGACGUGCGCGGAGCAUGCGUACGAGCAUUUGACGGAGUUUGCGGCUUUGCUGCAGGAGCGGGUGGAUAUGGCCAUCUCGAGGAUCCAGCUGGAGUUGUUUUAGCUCAUAUUCGUAUACGUAAAGCGUGUUCAUGGACGAUCAAUCAUAAUGAAUGUAGAUAUAGG